CGCCGAGCCCUGAUGACGUAGAGGUCCUGCGCCUCCCGGCGAGCAGGGUGCGCGUGGAGAAGCUCGGGUCCCCGUCUCCGUACGGAUUCCGGUGCCCCUGGGUCCCGGGACCCGACAUCAUGAAAGAGACACCACUUUCAAACUGCGAGCGCCGCUUCCUCCUCCGCGCCAUCGAGGAGAAGAAGCGCCUGGAUGGCAGACAAACCUACGACUAUAGGAACAUCAGAAUCUCAUUUGGAACCGAUUAUGGGUGCUGUAUUGUGGAACUUGGGAAAACAAGAGUUCUUGGACAGGUUUCCUGUGAACUUGUUUCUCCAAAACUCAACAGGGCAACAGAAGGUAUUCUUUUUUUUAACCUUGAACUCUCUCAGAUGGCUGCCCCAGCUUUUGAACCCGGCAGGCAGUCAGAUCUCUUGGUGAAGUUGAAUCGUCUCUUGGAAAGAUGUCUAAGAAAUUCGAAGUGUAUAGACACUGAAUCUCUCUGUGUUGUUGCUGGUGAAAAGGUUUGGCAAAUACGAGUGGACCUGCAUUUAUUAAAUCAUGAUGGAAAUAUUAUUGAUGCUGCCAGCAUUGCUGCCAUUGUAGCCUUGUGUCACUUCCGAAGGCCUGAUGUGUCCGUCCAAGGAGAUGAAGUGACACUGUAUGCCCCAGAAGAGCGUGAUCCUGUGCCAUUGAGCAUCCACCACAUGCCCAUUUGCGUCAGUUUUGCCUUCUUCCAGCAAGGCACCUACUUAUUGGUGGACCCCCACGAGCGAGAAGAACGUGUGAUGGACGGCUUGCUGGUGAUCGCCAUGAACAAGCACCGAGAGAUCUGUACCCUCCAGUCCAGUGGUGGGAUCAUGCUGCUGAAAGAGCAGGUUUUGAGAUGUAGUAAAAUUGCUGGUGUGAAAGUAGCGGAAAUUACAGAGCUAAUACAGAAGGCUUUGGAGAAUGACCAGAAAGUCAGGAAAGAAGGUGGAAAGUUUGGCUUUGCAGAGUCUAUAGCAAAUCAAAGGAUCACAGCAUUUAAAAUGGAAAAGGCCCCUGUUGAUACCUGUGAUGUAGAGGAAAAAGCAGAAGAAAUCAUUGCUGAAGCCGAACCACCUGCAGAAGUUGUUUCUAAACCUGUGCUCUGGACUCCUGGAACUGCCCAAAUUGGAGAAGGAGUAGAAAACUCCUGGGGUGACCCCGAUGACUCUGAAAAGGAGGAUGACGAUGAAGGUGGCAGUGAUGAAGCAGUCAUUUUUGAUAGUAUAAAAAUGGACACUGAAAUAGAAGUCUCCAAUACUGGAAGCCAAGAUGCCCCUAUAGUGCUGUCAGACAGUGAGGAAGAAGAAAUGAUCAUUUUAGAACCAGACAAGAAUCCAAAGAAAAUAAGAAUACAGACCAUCAAUGCAAAACAAGAAAAAGCACCAAGUAAAAGGCCAGUGAGAAAGAGAAAAAAGAAGAGAGCUGCUAACUAAAGCUCACAUGGUUGUAUUUGUGUAUAUAACUAUUAAAGGAUAUUUAUUUAAGUGCUA